GUUUUCAGAGGAAAGGCCGCAACAGCGCCCUGCUCUGAGGCUCAUAUGCGCCGCCGACCGCGUCGAGGCUUUGGAGAUGAUGAUGCAGACAAUGGUUCCAAAAUCAUGGAGAGCCAUGAAAUUCUACUUCACUACUGUUUAUCAAGAAAUAUGGGUUGGCGUAGCAUUAACAGCUUAUGCCUAUUACAAAAUUUCUUAUGGUGGCAAAAAAGCAGUGGCAGAUAUCUAAAUCAUGUCUUUCAGAGUCCUCUCAUGCUGGCCAUCAUUAAAGAUCUCUCUUCCUGGACUAUGAGCUUGGCGAUUCAUCAUCUUUGCUGUAAAUGAAGCAAGUUACCACCAUAGGGAAGUUAAUAUACUUCUAGAACCAUUCCUAAUCCAUCUGCUGUACUUAUAGAAAGAAUAAACAUAUGGCGUAAGAAGGAAUUAAACAUGUUGAACAAAGUA